UAGGCUAACGUUGCCCUGGCGUCAUGACCUGACAAGUAUAACUCCCCCCCCCCUGUUACCGCACAUAUACCUAAAAGGUAAUUUUUUCCCUCCCACUACUUUAGAGGGCCUGGAUUUUAGUGUUGCGCUCCUUGUACAACCUGGUGUUGGUCAGAUGUUGUAUAAUCGUCAUGAGAAUCGUGGUAGGGUGGCCCACCAGUGUUAGUAAAUGUGCCCCAACGUGUAUGGCUUAUAUAAUGUGUUGAGAGUCUCUCAAUGAGAAUAAUGCUGACUGGGCGGAAUCCCCAGAUUACAAAGUAUUAAAUGGAGCUUUAUAAGUAGAGCUGGUGAAACGACAGUAGUGUGGGAGAUAGAAGAGGAGGAGGAGGACUAGAGAAGAUUAAAGGUAAAACAAGACUGCGGGACACAUAGAAGGUGGGAAUCUACAACACCAGGACUCUAUAAUAACACAAUAAGGAAUUCAGGAAAAAAAACUCUAAAGAUAAAGACUUGAUAUCGAGGACCUGAAGAAGAGAGAAGUCACCCGCCAAGGAAGAAGAACUUGACAGCCGCACAUUCCAGAUAUCAAGAAUGUUCCUCGCCGGACUCUUUGGCUGGAAUGACCCAGAUGGUUCGGCAGCGAAGCUACCUCCCAGGAGUAGCGAAGAGUUAGUUACAGAGACUCUAAUGUUAGAGCUGGGAUCCCACCUAAAACGCGCUGAAAAGCAGCAGCGGGAGCGUCUUAUUGAAUAUCGACGAGUGAAGAAUGGUGUAGACUACACAUGGCUAGCAUCUAUUCCACGCCAAGGCUACGAGAUCUCCCCAGGUGACCAGCUGGAGCUUAGAGACAUCUGCUCCAAAAUAAAUCCUUCUCAAUGCGGCCCAGUCAUACUCAGGUUUCGUAGACUGAUGUUGGAGUUUGAGCCUGAAGGUUCGGAGAUCCCGCGCCUCUUUCGAUCAGUGCUACAGGAUUUCGUGAGUCAAGAAGAGGAAGAAAAAAAGAUGGAGGAUAAUCGCUUGGAGAAGCGCAGAAGAGCCAAAAGCCUAGCCACAUUCAGUUUCAAGCCUCCUCGCCUACGUGUUAACCCUUUCCAAUUGGAGGAUGCGCAUUGUUCAGAUACAGAGAGCGAGAUGGCGGCUUCCGGGAGAGCAAGAAGCAAAAGCAUGCCGGAGUUUAACCUGCCAAGGGAAGUGCAUUGUGACUGAACUAUAUAUACACACCACAGAGUCUACUGCACAUAGGGCAUUGUGCCCAGUCUAUGUAGUAGGGUACAUAAGUCAUGUGACAGAAUCCGCUUCUGUUAUAGGCAGGAAGUACAUGGCGCUAAAAUGGACCAAAAACACUAGCAAAGCGUUUAUGGUAAAGUCUAUGUUUUCCGGGUGGGAUGUCAUCUUUAGCAGGAAAGAUCUAUUACAGGUUCUCAUAUGAAUGCACCUUAGAGUUCUCCACUUUAAAAAUCAUCGAAAAAUACCAUCUCAAAAGGUUCAGUUCUUAGUAUGGGAGAUAAAGAUCGUCUUCAAGCGCUGUACUGAAUGAAUGCCUCUGAGUUGCAUCUUUUUUUUU